AUAUCCCUCUGUGUGUUUCAGAUCCCAGGAAAGAGAACAGGUCCAGUGCUAUUCUCAAGGCCUUGGGAGUGACUCAACACAGGCCUCCAUCCUGCCCUUAAGGUGACCUCAACAGUAGGUGCUACCAAAAUGUCCAACCCCUUCCUCAAGCAAGUUUUCAACAAGGACAAGACAUUCCGGCCCAAGCGCAAGUUUGAGCCUGGCACUCAGCGCUUUGAGCUGCACAAGAAGGCACAGGCAUCAUUGAAUGCGGGGCUGGACCUGCGGCUGGCCGUGCAGCUGCCCCCAGGUGAGGAGCUUAAUGACUGGGUAGCCGUGCAUGUGGUGGACUUCUUCAACCGUGUCAACCUCAUCUAUGGCACCAUCAGUGAUGGCUGCACCGAGCAGUCCUGCCCCAUCAUGUCUGGGGGCCCUAAGUAUGAGUACCGCUGGCAGGAUGAGCAAAGGUUCCGGAAGCCCACUGCAUUGUCAGCACCCCGGUACAUGGACCUGCUCAUGGACUGGAUCGAGGUACAGAUCAACAACGAGGACAUCUUCCCCACCAACGUUGGUGAGUUGGGUGGCUCUCAGGAUCUUGAUUUCUUCCUCAUGCUGGUGCUGCUUGCAUGUGGUCCCAGUGACCUCAGAGCCUGA